GAACACCCCCUUGAAAAUUUAGAUAUGUCUAUUCUUGUCUAUAAUACUAAUGGUACACUUAAUGCAGGUUGCUACAUCAUAUACAAAUAUUCUUUUGUUGUUGAGUACCAAGGACACAGAGAACAAGUCACCACCAAAGUUACCCAACUAGGGAAGAUUGAUUUAAUCUUAGGCUAUGCCUGGCUAUUUAAACACAAUCCUGAGAUAGACUGGCAGAUAGGG